UUCCGUAACUCGCAUCCUAAUCCGCGAUUUCCCCAAUUGCUCCGGGAAUCAGCAGCCAUGGCGGCGAUCGCUCUCGGCCGCAGGAUUCUUUUGGGUGCCUUCUCCCGCUCAUGCGCAGCUGGCCCAGCAGCAGCCACGUUGGCUCUGCACACGUCAGCACUGGCCGCUGACGCAAGCAUCCUUCGCCACGACACGUCACCACCAUCGCCAUCCACGUCAUCCUCGUCGCCUCCACCAUGCCCCACCCAAACCUUUCCUCACGCCUCAUACCGAACCUGUCCCCAAACCUCCUUCCAAGCGGCAGCCACAGGCUCGGGAUCACCAUCACCAUCCUCGUUAUUGCACCAUCAGCAUCAGCCGCUUCUGCAGUUUUCGAGCAGAGGGGAUGGGAUUACAUGGGCUCUCGGCCGGGCAAGCAUGCAUGGCAUGGCAGGGAGGCAUGCAGCGGCAGCUGAUCGCGGCAGUACUACAGCUGGCAAUCUCAUUUCUGCAAGGGGCUACAGCUCGGUUGAAAUACACGGCACCACGGUGCUGUGCGUGAGGAAGGGGAACGAAGUGGUGAUAGCCGCAGAUGGGCAGGUGACCAUGGGGGCACAAAUCCUCAAGCCCAAUGUGCGCAAGGUGCGGCGGCUGGGAGAGAAGAAGGCAGUCAUUGCUGGGUUUGCAGGCACAACGGCAGAUGCAUUCACUCUCUUCGACCGAUUCGAGUCCCGGAUAGACGAAUACCCGGGUAUGUGCCAGCCUCGUGCAGGCAUGCUUUCAGAUACAACUUACAUGUGCAUCCUCAGCCACAACCAAAAGUUAAGACGAAUGAAGGCGAAGUAUGAGGUAGUAGGUGCAGCCGAUUCUCCAGGUAAGGGCAAGCUGUUCAACACAGGAGAGUGUCCUGUCAGUCAAGGCCGUUUUUCUAGAAUCCUCUUUUGAGUGCAAAAAUCAAAAUAUUCCCAAAAAUCAAGUGCAAGUCGUUCAACACAGGGCAGUGUCCUGUCGAGGCAGUCCCACUACGGUACUACCCGCUGACCCACUAACCCGCUACCCGCUGACCCGCUAUCCGCUGACCCGCUGACCAGCUGACCUUCUACCCGCUGACCAGCUGACCUUCUACCCGCUACCCGCUCACCCGCUCACCCGCUCACCCGCUGACCCGCUACCCGCUCACCCGCUCACCCGCUGACCCGCUACCCGCUCACCCGCUACCCGCUCACCCGCUCACCCGCUGACCCGCUACCCGCUCACCCGCUCACCCGCUGACCCGCUACCCGCUCACCCGCUGACCCGCUGACCCGCUACCCGCUCACCCGCUCACCCGCUGACCCGCUACCCGCUCACCCGCUCACCCGCUCACCCGCUCACCCGCUGACCCGCUCACCCGCUACCCGCUGACCCGCUCACCCGCUGACCCGCUACCCGCUCACCCGCUCACCCGCUGACCCGCUACCCGUUGACCCGCUGACCUGCUACUCGCUCACCCGCUGACCCGCUACCCCCUCACCAGCUGACCCACUAACCCGCUACCCGCUGACCCGCUAUCCGCUGACCCGCUGACCGGCUGACCUUCUACCCGCUGACCCGCUACCCGCUCACCCGCUCACCCGCUGACCCGCUACCCGCUCACCCGCUCACCCGCUCACCCGCUACCCGCUCACCCGCUCACCCGCUGACCCGCUACCCGCUCACCCGCUACCCGCUGACCUGUUGACCCACAUUUGCCUAUGCAAUCUCAUUCUGUG